AAAAAAAGGGAAUAUAUUGUGCGAGUAGGAGAACAUGACAAUGAUUGUGCAUGACAAUGAACAGAGAGACUAAAAAUGCAGUCAGGAAAAUCGAGUCCCACAAGCUCACAUCCAACCCAAUCCUGAAGAGUGAACAGGUGUACUUUAAAUGUGAAUGCAAUGAGAAAAUAAAAGUGGAAUUUAAAGUAAACAACUUUCACCAGCCAAGCGUUUAAAUUCAUUUCAGAGGAUUACGACUUUGACCUUCAUAUAUGAUGGACCCAUGGUUUGAAAAUUUUAAACUGUUACUAACUUACUGGUUAAUGUCUACCAACAGGGACAAUAUGUCAGAGGCUGCUAGUGCUGUGUCAGCCCUCCUGUCUUAUGGACAGCAGCAGGUACCACCCCCUCAGCCCCCACCCCCGGGCAGACCUCCCUACAGCAUGUCCUCUAUAGGAGGUAUGUCCCUGCCAGUGGAUACGCCCAGCAGUGCCUCGCAGUACCCAAGGAAUCCACAGGAUUUGAGUAUGCCACACCCUGCCGAUAACCCUGACCUAUCAGCAGAUGACCCCCAGCUGUCCUCUAGUGACCAGCCCUUUAUGGAGGUUAAUUCCACCAUCCACCCUGACCGUACUCAUAUCUGUCCAAACUGUAACAAGGGCUUCAAGAGUAAGCAGCAGCUGGCUCAGCACAGCCUAGUGCACACUGGGAUACGCAGGCACAUUUGCUCCUUCUGUGAUAAAGGAUUUAAGCAGCUUUGUCACUUGCAGCAACACCUUAGGAUACACACUGGUGAGAAGCCAUACCGUUGUUGUUUUGAUGGUUGUGACCGGGCCUUUGCUCAGAUGGCCAAUCUUCAUCAUCAUAUGAGAAACCAUGAAGACCAUGUGAAAAAGGCAGCUAACAAACAAUACCAGUGUUCUGUGUGUAGCCGGGCCUACACAAAUGAGAGCAGUCUCAAAAAUCACACACUGAAGAUGCAUGUGAAUGUGCGUUCUUUGGAAGCCCCGUACCCUCUCCCUUACAAACCAAGGAAACCACGGCAGUCUAGCACAAAUAACUCCAUGGUAACCAAAGAGAAGGAUUUCCCAACAUCGACUAGAGGGAGCUCUGUACCCCUUUCUUUUGUUAGUGACCCAAGGGCAUCUAACUUCAGUCGUUUUGUUGACCUCCACAAAGAAACUCUGUCUAGACCAAUGGAUUCAAAUCAACUUUCACCAAACAUGGCUGCUGAGCAAUCUAAUAAUAUAUCAUCCACUACUAUUUUGCCAUCGUCUCAUCACAUGCAGACCCCUUUGAUACCCUCACAUCAUCUUCCCCCUCUUUCUCUCAUGCCCACCAAUGUCCCGCCCUCCUUGAUGUCACCUUCAUUUAUAUCUCAUCUUCAGCAGGCUGUACAGAGUAGUUCAGGACAUGCCAACCACUUAAUGUCAUCAACACGACCCACACCACAAGAAAUCAGAUCCUCCCCACUUCCUCAGCCACCAACCAGCAGUAGCUCUCGUGUCACACCCACCUCUCAAGACCAGAGAUCCACCCCCCAGGAAACCUUGUCAUCCCAAACCAACAGAGAUUCUAGCACACCACAUAAAGAAGCAGCAGAACCAGCCACCAGUCUGGGUGUUCCCUAUAACCCCCCACUACCCCAUCCCUUCACCGUCCCUCAAACCUCCCUCCCCCUAUCUCUACCCUCAAGACUUAACUCACACUUUAACUGUCUUUUAAAGACAUCUCCAGCUCAUGUGGAUUUUUCGUGACAGAGUAAAGCUCACAACUAGUCUUUUCAGCAAAGUAGAACAAAUAAUAGUAAUUAAUUUUAAUUAUUUUGUAUUGUCAAUAUUUGCUGUUAAAGCAGCAUUAGAUUUUACACAGAAUGUAUUUUUAUUUCUGUACUACUUAGUAGUAUGGCUUUGUUUGUUGUUAAAGUAUUAUAAAGUUUGUGUACUACAUGUAUAUGUAUUAUUCUUAGUAUAACUUGUUAAAUUCUAUUUAAACAGUAAUUACCAAAUUGUUGUACUGUAAAGGUACAUAAAACUCAAAAUUUAGCACAAUCUUCCCCAUCAACUGAUUAAACAUGAAUCAACGCAUUUGGAGCAAAGCUUCUAUAUGUAUUUGUUGAAAUGAUAAUUUAUCAUGUAUUUGAAUUAGCAGACAAGAAGCAGCACGGAAGGUGCUAAAAUACCAUACCUGCUAAAAUAAGUACCUUUACAGUAAUUAUACCAAUGUUGAUCAUAGAUUUACAUUGAAUUUUUUUUGUACAUUGAAUUAGGAUAGGACAAACUGGUGCAACAUUAAAAUAAGUUUUAAUAGUGCAAUGAAAUGCUGUCAAGUUUUAGAAAUGCACUAAAGUUGUAAAUAAUUAUGUUUGAUGAAAGUAUAAAGUGCAACAAUUUUUUUUCUAGGAAAAAAAGCCUUAUUAGUCAACCCUGAAGCAGGGUUCAGUCUUCUCGACCUGUUUUGAUCUCAGACUUUCAAAUAAUAUAGGUAUUGUAUUUAGCUUUCAAACAUUGUACUAGCACCUAGAUAAGAAUGAAGAACAUUACCAUUAUCUUUUGAUGUAAUGUACUGUUAUCUUCAACAUUCUGAACAAUCAGCUAAGAGGAUGUAUUAUAAAAAAUCUAACCUUAGCUCAGAUGUAAUAAUCACUGUCCUAUCUUAUCUUAUUGUUUGUGUGUAAGUUGAUACAUAUGUAUCUGUGUGUUUGUUUGGAUAAUUUUUUAUUUUUUUUAGUUACCAGUUAAUCCUAUGCAAUACUUGUGUUCCUCUAUUUGUUAAUUUCAAAAAAUCAUCAAAGUAGGCAGGUGGGUUUUUUUUUAAAAACCAAAUUGGAAUUAAUCUUUAAUAAUUUCAACAAGAAUUUUCUAAUUAAUAUGCUGAAAUAAUUUUUCUUACUAAAGAAAUAUUUUGUUGGUUGACAGGAAAGGGUCAAUUGUAAAUUAUACAGGAGCUUGCAUAAUAUGUUAUUGACGAUCAACCUUUUUUACAGCAUAUAACCAUGUUAAGGUGUUAAAUGCUGAAUUUUAUUGUAUUUUUGUUGGUGUAAAUUUUAAUGACAUUUUAUUUAUAUUUGAUUGUUGACUUAUGUUGUUGGUUUUGUAGAAUCUCCAUGUUUUUCUUAGCACACAGGGGGCAGAGGGAUUGUGUCAAUUCUAGGAAACACAUAAGCUGACCGCUGUGUAUUAUAAUGUUGACGUUUUAAAAUCAUUCUGUGUUAAACAGACCACUGCAUAAUGAGUAGACAACUACACCUUUAGUGCUAAGUUCUAUAUGCAGUGUGGAGGGAAUUAUUCUGCAUCAGCACAUAAUACAUCAGGGUAACUUUAACUAUAUAAAAAUAUAAAUUUGGUAAUUUGAAAGAGUAGGGGAUUUUUGUACCAGUGUUGUGUAAAUAUGUGGGGAAAUUUGGGAUAAUUAUGUAGAUAUUUGUGUAGUUUUUCAGGUAAGCCGUGUGACCCUCUGUCCCAGUUGUAUAGUCCAAUCUGCUUUGUUUCAUACUUUGUUGUCAUCAGUAGAAUAAAUGAAAUACUAAUUAA